CAGGAACAGUGAAGCAUGGAGCUGUAUUUUGGUGAAUAUCAGCACGUGCAGCAGGAAUAUGGUGUCCAUCUGAGACUUGCCAGUGAUGAAACCAAAAAAUCCAGGAAUUCCCAGCCCUCUAAGGCAGGCUCCUAUGGCGUCAGUAUUCGGGUACAGGGAAUCGAUGGCCACCCCUACAUAGUUCUGAAUAAUACAGAGCGCUGUGUGCCAGGUACAUCUUUUUCUGAAAAUGGGCCCUCAUUUCCAUCUCCAAUGAUAAAUAACCUGCCUGUGUAUCCCAGCAAUGGUGCUGGGCUAGAGGAGCACAAUGCAGAAGAGUUGCAGCUUCCAGAAAACCCGUAUGCCCAACCCAGCUCAGUAGGGGCCCCAAAACAACCCUCUCUCUUUGAGGGCAAGAAUGGGGUUGUAGAGUGCAAAGAGGGGCCCGUGAAGCCAUCCCACGUACUGAACUUUCAGAGGCACCCAGAGCUUUUGCAGCCCUAUGACCCCGAGAAGAAUGAGUUGGACGUACAAAAUCACCAACCACCUGAGAGUAAUUGGCUAAAAUCCUUAACAGAAGAAAGUAUCAACAAUAAGAAGAGUUGGACUUGCUUCCCCAAAUCUAGUAGUUCCCAGCCUACCAGCCCUCCUUUGGGAGAUGUGGCCAAAUCCAACGUGACAGCCAUUCGUCUAUGCAGCUCGGUGGUCAUAGAUGACCCCAAGAAGCAGACCUCGGUGUGCGUGAAUGUGCAGAGCUGCACCAAGGAGGGGCUGGCAGAGGAGGCCCUUUCUACUAGUGGGAGGCCCCUACCUGCCCAUGGCCCACACACCCACUCUGAAAACAAGAAAACCAGGCCAGAUGUGCUUCCCUUCCGGCGACAAGAUUCAGCCGGUGCCAUCCUGGAUGGAGGUCGGUCUCGGAGAUCCUCCUCGUCGUCGACAACGCCCACUUCGGCCAACUCCUUGUACAGAUUUUUGCUUGAUGAUCAAGAAUGUGCCAUCCAUGCUGACAAUGUGAAUCGUCACGAAAACAGAAGGUAUAUCCCCUUCUUGCCCGGGACGGGGCGUGAUAUUGAUACGGGAUCAAUUCCUGGAGUGGAUCAGUUAAUUGAAAAAUUUGACCAAAAACCUGGGCUGCAGAGGAGGGGAAGGUCUGGGAGGCGAAACAGGAUCCAUCCAGAUGACAGAAAGAGGUCCAGAAGCGUGGAUAGUGCCUUUCCUUUCGGUCUGCAAGGGAACUCGGAGUACCUAAAUGAGUUCAGCAGGAACUUGGGCAAGUCCAGUGAACACCUCCUGCGGCCCUCACAGGUGUGGCAGCGGCCGCCGGCCCAGGAGCACCGUGGGAAACAGAGCAUGGGCCACGCCUCUGCCAAGCUUCAGGGAGCCCACCCCAGGCCUCCCCAGCAGAGCAAAGAGGGGAAAGUUCUAGAAAGCAAAGGUGGUCAGGAAAGUACAACCACACAUGCAUCCUCCCUCCCAGCACAGAGUAAGAAGGAGGAGGAAAUCAAAACAGCCACUGCCACACUGAUGUUACAGAAUCGGGGGCUAGCAACUUCACCUGACUCGGGUGCCAAGAAGAUUUCUGUGAAGACAUUUACUCCCACCUCGAGUACUCAGGCCACACCGGAUCUGUUAAAAGGCCAGCGAGAGCUCACUCAACAAACCAAUGAGGAGACGGCCAAGCAGAUACUUUACAAUUACCUCAAAGAAGGAAGCACUGAUAAUGAUGAUGCUACUAAAAGGAAAGUCAACCUGGUCUUCGAGAAAAUCCAGACUUUAAAGUCUCGAGCAGCAAACACACAAGGAAAUAAUCAAGCUUCUAAUUCUUCAUCUGAAGUGAAAGAUCUGUUGGAACAGAAAAACAAGUUGACUACCGAAGUGGCUGACCUUCAGAGACAACUUCAACUAGGAGUCAAGAAUCAGCAGAACCUCAAAGAAGAAAGAGAAAGAAUGAAAGCCAACUUAGAAGAGCUCCAGAGCCAGCAUGACAAGAAGGCAGAGGAGAACUCCGCGCUGCAGCAGCGCCUCGAAGAAAGUGAAGGGGAGCUCCGGAAAAACCUGGAGGAACUGUUCCAGGUGAAGAUGGAAAGGGAACAGCACCAGACUGAGAUCAGAGAUCUCCAGGACCAGCUCUCAGAAAUGCAUGAUGAACUGGACAGUGCUAAGCGAUCCGAGGACAGAGAGAAGGGGGCUCUCAUUGAGCAGCUCUCCCAGCCAAAGCAGGACCUUCAAGAUCUGCUCAUCGCCAAAGAGGAGCAGGAAGACCUCUUGAGGAAGCGGGAGCGGGAGCUCACGGCCCUGAAGGGAGCCCUGAAAGAAGAGGUUUCCAGUCACGACCAGGAGAUGGAGAAGCUGAAGGAGCAGUAUGACGCCGAGCUGCAGGCCCUGAGGGAGAGCGUGGAAGAGGCCACCAAGAAUGUCGAGGUCCUGGCCAGUCGGAGCACCACUUCGGAGCAAACCCAGCUGGGGGCUGAGAUGCAGGCGAAGGCUCUGGAGGCGGAGAAUGAAAAGCUGCGUGGAAGCCUUGCAGGGCUGGAGCAGAGUGUUGCUCGGCUUCAGAGGCAAGUUGCUGACCUUAAAGACGAUGAAGCCAAGGCAAAGGAAGCCCUCAGGAAGUACGAGGGGGAGGCUCGGCAAUUAGAGGAGGCCCUCGUGCGUGCAAGAAAGGAAGAAAAAGAAGCCACAGCAGCCAGAAGGACCCUGGAGAGUGAGCUAGAAGAUGCUCAGAGAAGUCUGAGUCGGGCCACCCAGGAACAGAAGCAGUUGUCUGAGAAGCUGAAAGAUGAGACUGAGCAGAAGGAGCAGUUAAGGAGACUGAAGAACGAGAUGGAGAAUGAGCGAUGGCACCUGGACAAGACCAUUGAGAAACUGCAGAAGGAGAUGGCUGACAUUGUCGAGGUGUCCCGCACAUCAACGCUGGAGCUCCAGAACCAGCUGGAUGAAUACAAGGAGAAAAAUCGCAGGGAGCUGGCAGAAAUGCAAAGGCAGUUGAAGGAGAAGACCCUAGAGGCAGAAAAGGCCCGUCUGACUGCAGCAAAGAUGCAGGAGGAGAUGCGCCUGAUGGAGGAGGAGCUCCGGGACUACCAGAGAGCUCAGGAUGAGGCGCUCACGAAGAGGCAGCUUCUGGAGCAGACGCUGAAGGACCUGGAGUAUGAGCUGGAGGCCAAGAGUCACCUCAAAGACGACCGCAGCCGACUGGUCAAGCAGAUGGAGGACAAGGUGUCUCAACUGGAGAUUGAACUGGAGGAAGAAAGAAAUAACUCGGAUUUGCUGUCUGAGAGGAUCACGCGGAGCAGGGAGCAGAUGGAGCAGAUGAGGAAUGAGCUACUUCAGGAAAGAGCUGUGAGGCAAGACCUGGAGUGUGACAAGAUUUCCCUGGAGAGACAGAACAAGGACUUAAAGAGCCGGAUCAUCCACCUGGAAGGUUCCUAUCGGUCUAGCAAGGAGGGGCUGGUGGUGCAGCUGGAGAGCAGGAUCGCAGAGCUGGAGGACCGUCUGGAGAGCGAGGAGAGGGACCGGGCCAGCCUCCAGCUCAGCAACCGACGCCUGGAGCGGAAGGUGAAGGAGCUAGUGAUGCAGGUGGAUGAUGAGCACCUGUCGCUGACUGAUCAGAAGGACCAGCUGAGCCUGCGCUUGAAAGCAAUGAAGCGACAGGUAGAGGAGGCCGAGGAGGAGAUCGACAGACUAGAAAGCUCUAAAAAGAAGCUGCAGAGGGAGCUGGAGGAGCAGAUGGAUGUGAACGAGCAGCUGCAGGGACAGCUCACUUCCAUGAAGAAGAACUUAAGGCAGAAGAAGCUGCCCAGUAAAGUGCUGGACGAACUGGACGAUGAUGACGACCUCAGCACCGACGGGGGGAGCCUCUACGAGGCGCCGCUGAGCUACACCUUCCCCAGGGAUGCCACCAGCCAGAUCUGAGGCCACCUCCGGCGCCGUGGAGGUGGCCCAUCAUUCCUCCCAGGGACCGUCGGCCUCCCACAGCAGGAGGCAGGAAAAACAGCGCCUGUCUACAGCUGAGACCCAUCACUGCCUCUUCACAUAACCAGCCGACUGAUUCCUCCACCUCCAUUCCUCCUCGGAUCUCGGAAUGGCAGUGUGGCCCUCCUAUCUUAGACAGGGAGCUGCUGCCGUGUAAAUGCUGAGACGCCUGAGGCCUAGCAGCGGCCACCCAUUGGGGUGUUUGGGAAAACGUGGUUUAGCAGGCUGAAGUCCUCUCUGCACAGCUGUCUGCCAGGCCGUUUGCAUUGCUGCUCCUGCCUGUCUGCCAUCCCCCCGCCAGGAGGAAGGGUCCAAAAUGCUAGUUCUAUUUACUAGCCACUGUGUGUGGUGGGAAAUGAUGUAUGGGCUGUGUAUAUUUUAAAGCAGACCUUCUCCCGACUGCUGCUGUUCCAUGUGGAAUGCUACAGAGGCCUCCUGGGGUGGCGUGUUUGUCAAGGUCACACCUCUACAUUGAGUAUUAUUUUUUUAAUAUGAAGCUACUAGAUUUUAAGUAUUUAGGAGCAGAGGCAAGGCAGAGAAGGUAGAAUAAAGACCACUUUGGACAUCAGAGUUGGAAAAAGGGGUUGUCGAGGUAACAAGGGACAGUUAACCCUGAGAAGAGAAAUGCAGGUGGUCUUGGUGAACAACUUGCUGACGGAAGGAGAGAGAAGCAGAGUGUUGCUUAUAUCUGUGGCCUCAGUUGUUAAUUUCAUCUAGAACAUUGUCAUGAUUUCUGAACCAUGCCGAGCAAGACAAUUCCCAAUCACCAGCUGCCAUUUCUUUUACACGGGGGGUUGGGAGACUUAGAAGUAAGGUUUUUGACAAAUGGUGCGGCCCUCCUGUCACUUCUUAUUGGUACUUUCCUCCCUCCUCCUCCAACAGGUCUCCCCUCCUUGGGCUCUCCUGGUCCUUGAACCGGGUAACUGCUGGGUGGGGGUGGAAUAGGAGGAUAUGGGGACAAGUCCCAUGGACUUAGGGGUGAGGAAGAAGCAGGCAGUGUCCAGUAAGUUCCUGGAGAAAAGGAGAAGAGAUAAGCAGGUGUGUGUGGGUUUGGGUGGGAAGGAAGAGAAGGAAGAAUUUCUUGAAAGCUGAGGAGAUGUGCAGACAGGAGGUAGAUCGAGCGGGAUCUCAGGUUUAUGUCGGGAAAGGGAGGAAGGCAACAGGAAUCAGACAGAGGUGCAUCUGUGCAAACAGGACAGGGAGGCUCGCAACAACUGCCUGGGACCCAGGGACAUCAGCCAGCACCAGGCACGAGGCGACUGGGAGUGGCGAGGUCUGGGCGAGGCCACGCUGCAGGGACAGAAUCACAGAGAGUGUGGCAUUGGGAGAAUGCCGGGUAUACCAGCACUCCCUCCUGGCCUUCCUGCUGUCUCCUCCCUCUGUGACAGUCCCCAGGUAUAUCCAGAGGCCAGGUCCAAUCACAGCUGGGCUCUCAUAGGUCAGGGCCCAGGAGAGAACCCUGUGAGUUGUGCGUUUGUAUGGGGCAGAGGAGACAACGUUAAUCUGCUUCAGCAGUGUACCCAAGCUCCCCAGUAGAUGAGAGCCCCUUGGACCUGAGAACUUCAUGACAGUUGUCAUGGGGGAGCAGGGAAUCUCUGCGCCCUACCUACCCCACAUCACUGAACCCACAAAACGAUUCAGAGCGAUUAGCCUGGUUUAAGGGCAGGUGUGAUUCCCCCCACAGGUGAGGCCUCUGGAGCAGGGAGCCAAGCCCUCUUCCACCUCUGAGUAGGGGUAUGGACAGAUUCCUCCCUUCAGCCAUUCAUUCAUUUAGCAAAUCUAUAUUGAGCAUCUAUGAUGUGCCAGACAUCGUCUGAGGCACUGGGAAUGUAAUGUGAGUAAAAGGAAUCAAAAUCGCACCAGUCCUGGCAUGUAGGCAGGGGAAAGGGAAUGAUAGACAACAGUCGUGCAAACGGACACAGGCUGAGUCCCCAUCCAGCCCUGGACCCCCCUGCCCACUGGGGGCUGCAACAAACAAGCCUGCAGUUGGUCGACCAGCUCACUGGAACUCCCACCACGACCCUCACUGUGGUCAUGCUUUCCCUGCUGCUCCCACUAUGGUUAGAUGUUUGCUGAGAAGCCUGCCUAGUGACGCCUCAGCCCGCUCACGACUGAGGCUGGGAGAUGAGAAGGCUCUGAGGCCCGAGAGCUUUGGGAGUGAGUGAGUGUCUGUCUUGGUUUGUAAGAAAGCCCCAGCCCCUUGUUUUGGCCUGUUCCGCCUGGUACCCAUGGGCUGGCUGCGAGGAGCAAAGAUGCCCAUGGAAAGAACAGAUCACCAGUCAGAAGCCUGGCAUCCUUACCCUAAAUAAUGGGCCAUUUUAAAUGUUAAGUGUGCUAUUCUUCACAGUAUUGGAGUUGACAGUGAGCUGGAUGCACGCAGUGUAGCUUUGGGCUGGGAAGAGUACUGGAUUGGGCAUCGAAGGAAGUGUUUUCAAGUCCAGGUUUUUCUUAUCCCAGUGACCUUGAUGGGGUAUGUGCCCUCAGAGCCACAGAGCGCCCAGAAUAAACAAGGGCCAGGGCCCAAGGUUCUUUCCAGCUCUGACAUUCUUUCUGACAUUCUUUGAUUUUAUUAUAUAUACUUUUUUUGGUUUAUUGCUUUAAGAACUAACCCCACUGAAGAAUAUUUUCUUUAGCUAGCUUAAAAAAGAAAAGAUAUUUUAUUUAAUAAACAAAUAUGUGGCCAAAUGCAAUGCUGAGGAGACAAUCAUCAUCUAUCUUUAUAAUUUUCUUUCUUCUUCUGGGAGUCAUUUGACAGCACCAGGAGGCGUGUUCUGUCGGGUGUCUGCGUUCGGUCUGGUUGGAUUGCUUUGGUUUGUCAUGGGGAAGAGACGUUUCUGUGUAGCUACCUCCAUGUAAGCGAACUGGAUCGAGCAAGAUUGCCUUUCAAUAAACGGUGUCACCCGACAGGAA